AUGUCAGAAACAACAACUCCAGAGUUCCAAAAACUAUAUGACUCUAUGUCCACCUUUGUGCACACUUGCAUGUCAGGCCACGACCCCUCUCACAACCCACCCCACGUGCACAGGGUAGUCAACCUCGCAAUGCGAAUCCUAAGCGCAGAACAAUCUCUACACCCAGAGACUUCACACUCGGCCGCAGUUGUAAAGCUCGCUGCUUUGCUCCAUGACAUCGGAGAUAGAAAAUACAUCUCGAACAUCCCCAGCACAGACUCGGAUGGUCCACUCGAUCCCAAAACAAUGGUUGAGCAUGCCCUCCUCCAACAAGGAGCGGAUGCCGCUCUAGCAUCAAAGGUCCAAACUAUCGUGUCCCAUGUUUCGUAUUCAACGGAGUGUAAGGAUCCAGCUGUUGUGAGAGAGUUGAUUGAUGGGGGUUUUGGGGAGUUGGCGAUCGUUCAGGAUGCGGAUCGUUUGGAUGCUAUUGGGGCUGUUGGGAUUGGGAGGUGUUUUGUUUUUUUGGGUGCGCAAGGGAAGAAGUUUGCUGGUGAGAAUGGGUGGGUUAUGGGGAAUGCUAUUGAGCAUUUUGGGGAUAAGUUGGAGAAACUUGAGGGGAUGAUGAAGACCGAGACGGGGAGGAGGAUGGCUAGGGAGAGGACGGAGAGAAUUACUGCUUUUAAGGGGUGGUGGGAGGAGGAGAUGCAGGAUGCUGCUUGA